UCUGACACACCCAAAGGCGUGUGCCGGACUCCUAACUGCAUUGCGGAUGGGAGGGCUGUCUUUCAAGUGUAACUCUGGUGAAGGUAGUGCGGUUCGUUACUGGAGGCGCUCAAGCUGGACCUGGCCAUUUUAACAUGGGCUUUAACCAGAUGGCUACCCAUUUCAGCUGGGGAGAUAACGGGAAGCCGGAUCUGGGGGAGUACUGGUCUGAACUCCCUUUCCCCAUCAGCGCCUUCUUCAGGCGCUUGGAUGACCAAGUGACUCUUACCUACGUCCAAGCCCUCUUGGACGAACGACCCUUCUCUUUCGGCGACGGCUCCGGGGUCGAGUUCUUCUGCGACGAAUUCCUGUACGGACCGGAGGAACCCGGAUCCAACGAGGUUCAGUUCUACGCGGCCUAUGGAGAGAUCAGCAUGAGAGUGGGCAAGCGAGCACUUUUAGCCUUCCUCAAGCUGGUUCUCGAGUCGAGACCCCGGCCGCUCCUUAAAGGCAUCCAGGAAAGCCUGAAGGGUUUGGAACGAAAGCUGAACGAGCUGGAGGGUCUGGACACCCAAGUCCAUCAUUUGUUCAAGGCAGUGGCGCAGAAUGACUGGAAAGCUCUCCUCACCCUUCUCAAUGAAGAACACUUCAGUGAGGUCGAUAAUGGAUCAAGAGGUCGAGGGAAACACGUAGACACAUUCGUGAGGAAUGAAGAUGGCUUCACACUUCUGCACCAGGCUGCCUGCUGGAACCAACUGGAGAUGGUCGACUUUCUGUGGCACCUCUCUGACUCUUGGGAGUGUCUGGUGGAUCUUACCAUCGGUCCUUCCUGGUGUCCGAAAUGGCCAGUCAAGCUGCUACAGCCAAAGCCAAUGGGCAAUGGAUUGGUGAAAGGUGUCAUUGGUAAGAACGCCUUGCAGCUGGCUCAGAUAUUGGGCCACCACAAGGUUGUGGAGGAACUCAGUGCCAAGGCAAACCUGCAGUCUUCCUUGUUAGAGAUCCAUCACGCAGUGCAACGCAGAGACACUCAGUGGCUGACCGGCACCAUUGCAGAGUCCACAUCCGCCAGGGACCUGGUCGAUAACUGCAUAGAGGCGACAGUCACUCCUCUGUGGUUGGCGUGCACCAGAGGAGAUUUAGAAACUGUCAAACUCCUAAUAGAUAUGGGAGCUGAUGUUAACCUAAGGUCAAAGAACAAGCAAGGGCAAACUCUCUUGCACAGAGCAGUCUGCUUUGGUAAUACGGCGGUUGUUCGGUAUCUCAUUGAGGGCAGCUAUCUCGGGGUAGAUGUCAAAGAUGGCUAUGGCUGCACCCCAUUAUACUAUGCCUUGCAGCUCAGCCUUCCCUGUAUGUCCAAUCUUCUUCUGAGGCACGGUGCCAACUUGGAUUCCCAGUGUGUUAACCCCCUCAGUCUCGCGACCGAUUCAGCAAGGCUCUUGCUGGAGCGCCUGGAGUUCCAGCACCUCAGACAGCUCCUGCUUCAGUGCCCCCAGCUGGAGCUGGAGGUGGGUGACCUCCCAGCAGAUCCCGGUGAAAGCUUCUCCUUCUCGAAGGGACCUCCCGGGAUCGUGCCGUGGCCCUUCACUCUGACAGGGCUGGCCAUGCUCUCCAUGUCCUGGAUGCAAAGGGUCUCCAGGGUUUCCAGAAAACGCAAGUCUCGGCCUGAUAUCCAUUACUACUUCAGUUUGCCAGACUUCUGAGUACUU